GCAGCAGUACUGAAAACAUUUAUGAGGCAUCUGUAUAACUGCAAAUUACACAGAGAGCGAUAAAAGAAUGUACACUACAAUUUUAUAAUUAUAAACGUGAAAUAAAAUAUCCAAAGCAGUUUUGAAAGUGAACCAAUUUGCGCCACUUAUACUCUUGACUCCAAUAUUACUAUAAAGCUAUAGUAAUCAAAUAAUAUGGUACUGCAAAAAGAAUAAACAAUUGGAUCAAUGAACAAAUUAGAGGAUCCCAAAAUAGGCAUUUUACUUUCAGCAUCCAAGUCCAUAAGAAAUUUAGAAGAUGACAUGGUAUUUAAUACAUUCAGGCUGGGGAAAGCUUUUCAGAAGGAUGAUACUCCUCAAAAAUCAGUCGUCGUUCCUUCUCUGGAACAAUAUAAAAAUGAUGAGAGCAGUUUCAUGAACGAUGAGGAAAACAAAAAUUCAAAGAACACAGGCUCCAAACAUAAUUUCUUAAAUCAUGGUCUGCCACUGAAUCUGGCUAUAAAACCUUAUCUGGCACUAAAAGGAUCUGUAGCUUUUCCAGCUGAGAAUGGAGUUCAGAAUACUGAAUCAACACAAGAAAAGAGAGAAAUUGGGGAUGAAGAAAACUCAGCUAAAUUUCCUAUAGGAAGGAGAGAUUUUGACAUGCUCAGGUGCAUGCUGGGAAGAGUCUAUCGACCUUGUUGGCAAGUCUGAAACCUGCUGGACCACAUCUUUCCUGAAGAAAACAAAAUCAUUUAAUUGUCUGUCCAGGAAAAAGCC